AUGGCCACACAACACCCGCGGCCGGUCGUUAUGGACCCGCCGCAUAUUACCGAGUUCGCCUCGCAGCGAUACUUUGAGAAGCUCAACCAGCUGAAUGCUUCCCAGCAACAGCAAACGCAACAUGCUCACCCCUCUACACAACAGGCCGGGCCUGCACCGACGAUAGACCACCUCGAUCACCACAUUCCACAGUCGUCAGACUUCAUUCUGCCGCUGCGAGAGUCCAAGGUUCUCGAGACAAAGCCUGUCCCAGCCCCAGAGCCCAGGCAAAAGAGCCGCUUCUUCAAUAUCCGGCAAAAGGUUUCACUACUCCACAAGCCUGUAGUAGCAGCCCCCGAACCCGAAGUUAUACCUCCUGCGCCUCGUGUAUCUAUCGAAUCCAUCCCAUCUAGCAGCGUCCCCCUCGACCAACUCAUCCUCGCCCUCCCCAACGAACUCCAACUACAAAUCAUCUCCUCGCUCCCGCUCACUGAUCUCCUCAACCUCCGCUUAACAUCAAAAUCGUGGCACACACUCAUCACCCUUAACGAGGCACCGAUUGUCCGAUACCACCUCGACCAGCAUAUCCCCGCCUACGCUCUGCGCCUCUACCCCGUCAGAGACAAGUCAGAUCUCAACUUCCACCACCUGUGCAGCCUGUGGCAUCGUCUACAUGUCGCUGCCAAGCUGGCCUUCCUCAUGUGCGAAUGGAUUACAAAAGACAUCUUCUUGUGGCGAACCGAUGCCCAGCGCCUAGCCUUUUCCAACCAAACAGAACGCAUGCGCCGCCGUCUUAUUCCUCUCCUCUUUACAGUAUUCCACUUCUUCGAGACAUACCGCCGCCUACAUCUCGACUACCUGGUUGAGAACGACGGCAUCGGCCUACAACAGCGUCCAUACACCAUGAACCCCAUCGAGCGCAAGAUCAUGGACAUGUACGACGACCAAACCCUCCUCCGCGUCCACGAGGUGUUCCCCCUCGUCAUCUCCUCCUUCUGCCGUCGUCUGCGUCCCCCCACGUACGUCGGUCGUGUCGAGCGAUCUCUUCGUGGUUACCUGCGCGAGAAGCCCGCCGACGAAGUGCACGUUGCCAUCCUCUGCCUUGGUGGUGUCCGCCAGGUCGAGCGCCUCUGGGAAAUCAAGGGCUACAACUCACGCCGCGCCGCCGUCGACACCUGGUACAGCAACCUGACAAAGGACAAGGACGUGGUCAUGGAGACAGUCUCGCCAAUUACAUCACACACAGCACAGCCUCCACAGCGCCAAAACAGCACCAAGUCACGCUUUAUGCCCUUUUCUCGCAAGCGGUCCAUGUCGAGCGACCACCGCCCACACCGCGGCUCCUUUAGCGAGUCGUUCCGCGUGCGUUCGCCCUUUGGAUCCAUGGACGCCACCAACUACUUUGAGCACGACCUCAUCUUCAACACCUCCCUCGCAGCCGAUGCCCCCAUGGCCCCGCUAGACUCGGACGCUGCCGCCUCGCUACUCAAGGACCUUCCUGUGCUACAGCAGAUUUGGCUGACCACAGCCGAAGCCCUCGUGCUGCUGAGUCUUAUCCAAGAGGACGGCAUCCGCGAGGAAGACGAGUGGUGGUACGGCCGCGGUAUCCCCGACAGCGUGAGACCUGUUGUUGGCGAGGACUGCGAUGAGAUGUAA